AAACCUGGAUCAUUUCCCCAGUCUAAUCUUUUCCACGAUGUUUUGAAGAGACCCUGGAGAAAUUCAUCAAAAAUUCCACUCGUGGCUGUUUUUGACUUUCAGAUCCUCAACUUUCCCUUGUAACCUUUGCUGCCAUUCAUAAGAAUGUUGAAUCCGUACAGAGACCGGCUGGAACGGCGCAUCGUUGGCUCAACCAACCGUUGGCGGUUACCCAAACAGCCGUUCGGCGGGGACCUGUUGGCACUUUCCCAGAUGUGCAAGGCUUUGGGGCUGGACUUUGAUGAGAUUCUGAAGAACCCAGACAGGUUAUGUUUCUCUGACAUUCAGGACCUCUUCUCGCAGAGUUUCAAGAACAAUUCCAUCCAAAGCAGAGAGCCAGAUGUGAUACUUGAGUGCAUGGGCUCCAAGUGGGAACUGCACCAGUCCCAGCUCUCUCAGUCGGAGACCUUGACCAAGCUCUACCUGGCGGCCCUCGCACAAGAGGCAGCAAGCUCCCGGAAGGAGGUGGAGAGGCUCCUGCGAGAUCAGUUGCCCAGAAAGAUCAAAGAGAGGUCCCCCGUGAAGAAGAUGGCCAUUUGCCUGAAGAUCAAUGACCCGGCGGUCACCAGAGCUGCCUUUGCCACAGCACUGAAGCACCUCUACUUGAGUGAGGUGGAGAUUGACCUGAACGACGUGCUGGGGGUGUUGGCUGCAGCUCACAUCCUGCAGUUCAGCCGCCUGUUUCAAAGGUGUGUGACCAUGAUGAUGAAUGGACUCACUUCGAGCACUGUCAAGAACUUCUACCUGGCUGGCUGCAAGUACAAAGAGGAGCAGCUCAUCAUCGCUUGUGAGAAGUGGCUGGAAAUGAACUUGGUUCCCCUGGUGGGAACACAGGUACACCUCCGGAAGAUCCCACAGGAGCUGCUGCACAAAGUGCUCAAGUCCCCCAGGUUGUUUACCUUCAGUGAAUUCCAUCUCCUGAAAACCACACUUCUCUGGGUCUUCCUGCAACAAAACCAAAAAACCCAGAUGGUUCCCAACUAUGAAGCCAUGCAGACUUUUUUCAGCAGCUUUCCCAAGAACUGCUGUUUUCUGGAGCAGGAUGCAGGACACAGCCUAAUGCCUCUCUUCCUCUGCUUACGCCUGUACAACAUCACCAGUGGCAAGGAUCUGGAGAUGUUAAGGUGCCUUAACUUCUUCCCGGAGUCCUGGCUGAUGCGUAUUACUGCCAGCCAUUACCAAGCGCUGGAGAGUGGGGGCGACAUGGCCCAUCUGAAAGAUCUGGCCACCCAGGCUGUGAGAUUUGGACUGCUUCUUAACCAGCAGUACACGACUCAAUCAAAAAUGAUAGCUGUCUACGGAUUCUUCUUUGAGAUAAAGGGAUUCAAACAUGCCACCAACUCUUACAGUUUUUAUAUGCAGAGAAUGAGGCACACCGACAUGGGGCUGUCUACCGUGGUCUGCGAGUGCAGCCCCAUUAGCCUGCGGGCCGAGCGCCUGGUGAAGUAUGAGAUCCGAGCCCAGACCCUGGUUGAAGGGAAGUGGCAGGAAUUCCGCACGAAUCAGAUCACACAGAAGUUUGGCCUCACCAAGCCGUCCCGCAAGAGCCACACCCUAAAAAUCCAAACUGCAGGCACCCCAAUCUAUGCAACUUUUGCUUUCAUCUUUCCGGUGUCUUGAGAAUUUCCAGAAGAAUCUAUGAGACCUUUGCCUUACCAGACUUCAUAAAAGGAAAAUAAAACAACAUAAGACGGA